AUGCCGGUGGCCCAUGUGGCCUCUCCCGACCUCCCUCUGGGGACAAAGCCCCGGUGUCCCAACCUCGAUCCCGGUCGGGGAAGGGCAGGGCGGCCUCCCCCAGCCCCGCUACCGACUCCCGGCGGUUCAGCCGUGGCCGAGCCGCCGGUGCGGGGCUGCACCACGUUCACGUUCUCCUCCAGAAGCCGGGGCGAGCAGACGGGGCCGGUUCGGCCGCUCCGCGGGGUGCGUUCCUCGCCCGGGCAGGGCUCCCUCGUGCCCGCAGCAGCCCCGGCCCCGCGGGGCUGGGGCAGCACCGCCCGCCCGAGCGCUCCGUGCCCCGGCCCGGUGCCCCUAACGCGGCUCUGGCCCGCAGGCGCUGCCCCCUUCGGAGGUCACUCCGCCGGCGACUUCGACGACGGCUUCCUGCGCAGGAAGCAGCGCCGCAACCGCACCACCUUCACCUUGCAGCAGCUCGAGGCCCUGGAAGCCGUUUUUGCUCAAACCCACUACCCCGAUGUGUUCACUAGGGAAGAGCUGGCUCUGAAAAUCAACCUCACGGAGGCCAGGGUGCAGGUCUGGUUCCAAAAUCGAAGGGCUAAAUGGAGAAAAACAGAGAGGGGUGCUUCUGACCAAGAGGGCUCUAAGGAAACCAUGGCUGAGGUGGCACCUCCUGCCAGGAAUUUAAAUUCCCCUUCUCCAACAGAUCAAACCAGGAAUAAAAAAGAGGGCCUGGAGAUCCAGCAGAGCCUGAGCCGAGCUGUGGGUCCUACAGGACCUUUCUUCCCUUCCUGCCUGCCGGGGACUCUUCUCAACACAGCCACCUAUGCACAAGCCUUAUCCCAUGUCGCCUCUCUAAAAGGGAGCCCACUGUGCUCGUGCUGCGUUCCAGACCCCAUGGGCCUCUCCUUCCUGCCCACCUAUGGCUGCCAAAGCAACCGCACCGCCAGCGUGGCCGCGCUGCGCAUGAAGGCGCGCGAGCACUCGGAGGCUGUGCUGCAGUCUGCCAACCUCCUGCCCGCCGCCAGCGGCAGCCCCACGCCUCCUGCCACAGCCGGCCCCGAGGGCAGCCAGGACAGGCAGCCCUCGCCAGCCAAGGAGCACAUGGAAGGCGAGAAGAGCGUAUGAGACCGGAGCGGCGCCGGCCCCGCGGCGCAGGGCAGGGAGUGCCGCCGCGCCCUGCCGUGGGUGAACUGCAGCAUGGCUGGGCCCAGUGGGACAUCCUGGCGCCACCAGGGACCCGCAGAGCUGAGAGGCCUCUUGGGCUGCCUUUCAUGCACCCUUGCUCUUCUUGUGUCACUGUAGGUUCAUUUCCCUGAUUUAUCAGCACUAUCUGUGUUUGGUGAAACUGUUUUUAUUCCUCCCUUGCCCCAUACAUCCCAGGGACGCUGAAAGGCCCAGGAUCCUGGCUUGCUCCUGCACAUCUUGACUUCCCAUCCUGUGUGAAAUGGAUGGUUGGAAGCAGCACAUCACUUCCAGAUGAGAGUUCUGGGACAAGAGAUGCAGCCAGACACCAGUUACUCCACUGCUCACAACACAGAGGGGAAGGAAUAUCCAGGUAUAUUCCAAUUUGGCCUGCUGGUUUCUGAAGGUGCUUGACUUCAACCAAACCUAUCCUGGGCAAUCCAGGUGUAAGAGAAGAAGAAAAUAGAACAAAAAUCUUCAUAAUUUUUGUCUUUUUUUUUUCUUUUCUCUGAAAGUGAAACUUCUCAUGCAGAGUAGAUUACUGGGAAAUUGCUGAGAUCUGUUUACUUGUGACUAAAAUCCUCUGU